AAACAAUACUUAGAAAGCAACCAUCGAGCAAGGUGCCAAGCUUCUAAACCUGUUGAAAAGAUUUAUUAAACUGAAGCGAAAGGUCCAAUGACUUUGAAAUGAUUCGCAUCCUGUGAAGAAUCAAUUCAUGAUAUUCAAUAAAACCGAAAAUCUCAAGACAAGAGGUGCUAAGCCAAGUCCACCUCCAAAGCUGAUUGGAUCACAUUAACCCUUCAGCAUAAUUUCUUUCUGCUUUCUUCUCCACAAAACUACCAAGAAAAUUGCACUCUUUUCAGUCUUCUCUCUUGCCAUUUUGCUUAUAUAAUCAUAGUUUCCUCGCCUGGCCUGCUUCACCAUCGUCUAGCAAACUCAAACAGGGAUGGCGUUGAAAGUCUUGUCCGCCCUCGAUGCAGCAAAAAUCCAGUUGUAUCACUUCAAAGCAAUCAUCAUCGCCGGUAUGGGACUCUUCACCGACGCCUAUGAUCUCUUCUGCAUCCCUCCCAUCAUGAAGCUCAUAGGACGAAUAUACUACCUUGACCAUCAUAACUCAGACAAAUGCUCGGUCAUGCCCAAGGAGACACAAUACAAAACCACCCCAACCGCUGUCGUGUCGACCCUGGUGUCCAUAGCUCUUCUGGGCACCGCCGUAGGACAACUGGUGUUCGGGAGGCUUGGCGAUCGGGCAGGAAGGCGCCGCGUGUACGGGCUGUCAUUAGGCAUGAUGGUGCUGAGCUCCCUAGCAUGCGGCUUCUCUAUAUGCAAGACCAGGAAUUGCGUCUUGGUGAGUUUGGGGUUCUUCAGGUUCUUGCUGGGAGUAGGGAUCGGGGGUGACUACCCUUUGUCAGCAACCAUCAUGUCGGAGUUCGCUAAUAAAAAGACACGUGGGGCCUUUAUAGCUGCUGUGUUUUCGAUGCAGGGGCUGGGGAUAUUGGCUAGCUCCAUAGUGACGAUGGUUGUGUGUAGGAUAUUUGCGGUUUCAUCGAAUGAGGCCAAGAGUGAAACGCCGGACGAGGCUGAUCUUGCGUGGAGGCUCAUACUGAUGAUGGGUGCAGUUCCCGCUGCCUUGACGUAUUAUUGGCGUAUGAUGAUGCCUGAGACCGCCAGAUACACAGCUCUGGUGGAACAAAAUGUGGUACAAGCAGCCAUAGACAUGAAGAAAGUAUUAGAUGUUCCAAUGAGUGAAAUUGCUGAAGACUCCCCUAUCCGACUGAAGCCGCCGGCACUACCUCAUCCGUCCUAUCCUCUUCUCUCCAAACGCUUCCUCCGCCGCCACGGUGUUGAUCUCUUCUGUUGUGCCGCAACAUGGUUUCUUGUGGACGUUGUCUUUUACAGUAGCAACCUCCUUCAAUCUCAGAUUUAUCAUCGCUUUAUAAAGGACAACAAUGAUGUCAAUGGCUAUAAACUCGCUUUUAAAGUUGCUCGUUUCCAAGCAAUUCUUGCAAUCAGCUCUACCAUUCCAGGUUAUUGGGUCACAGUCUAUUUUAUUGAUCGCAUUGGGAGAGUCAAAAUCCAAAUGUUAGGAUUUUUGUUCAUGGCACUGGUUUAUUUCGCGAUUGGUAUACCCUACAAAUACUACUGGAGUGAAAACAUAAGUGUUGGGUUUAUGGCUCUCUACUCCCUCAGUUUCUUCUUUUCCAAUUUCGGACCAAACACCACCACUUUUAUUGUCCCUGCUGAAUUAUUUCCAGCAAGAUUUAGAUCAACAUGUCAUGGCAUUGCUGGGGCCGUUGGAAAGGUUGGCGCAAUCAUUGGGACGAUUGGUUUUUUCUGGGCUUCGAGGAAUGAGAAAGAUAGUGGCAAGCCGAACCCCGUAAGAAUGACCGUGGCACUAGUAAUCUUGGGUGUGGUGUGUCUUGUCGGACUUUUGCUGACUUAUUUUCUUACACGGGAAACCAUGGGAAGGUCCCUUGAGGACAAUGAGAUCUAUGAAGAUGAACUUAUAUAUAAUACAUAGAAUUUCUAAUAAAGUUUUUAAACCCCACAAGUAAAUUUUGGGAAUAAAAUAUUAAAAAAAAAAGACACAUAUCAUAAUGUUUAAAAGUUGUCAAUGUAUCAAAUACUAAUCAAUGUAUGUGUUAAUAUAAUAUAUUAGUUUUU